AUGUUCAGUGUCCGGGCAUACGAAAAACUUUUGCGACCUCUGGCUAGGUCAUUGAGCAGCAGUGCCGUCACCAGGCCAAUACCACCCAAGAGAGGGAUCGAAAGCCCGGAGGCCUUCCUGAAAGCUAUUGGACGUUCUUCGGAUAGUAAACUAUCGUCGCUAUCCGAGUCGCUUUCAGAAUGGAGUAACUUUUGGAAGCUGGGGGGUUUGGAGAUGAAGAAGGCUGGGGUACCAGUGAAGGACCGUCGGUAUAUCCUAUGGUCGAUGGAGAAAUACCGACUGGGCUGGGCGAUCAAGGACUUCGCACACGAACCCAAGCCAAAGAAGAAGAUACGCGGGCGUGGUCCCUCGGUCCAGUUCGGCAAGAGGAUUCGGUCAAGGAGGGAUCGGUGA